AUGGUGGCCAUUGACCUCGGGGUGCGCGCUCUCGUCCAUUCAGGCCUCCACAACGUCCACCUACACUUUUACUCCGACAACCAAGGGGUGGUGGGGGCGUUGAGGGCAGGGAGAUCACGCAGUCUUGCCCAGAACGACGUUCUCCGUCAACUCUCAUCCUUCGCGCUAGAUCACGAUAUUUGGAUUUCGGUUAGUUGGGUCAGCUCUGCCAACAACCUCUCAGAUAGCAUUUCAAGAGGCGUCUUUCCCUCUCACCUUUCUCGCUUUAAAUUUCCACCUCCACUUCCAUCAUACCUCAAAGGCCUCUUAUCGUUAGUUUAA